AUGCAAGGACGUCCGCCACCCAAUUUCCAGCUUUCAAAUUGUCAAGGAAGAAAACGAGCGUUGCUGAUUGGUAUCAAUUACUUCAACUCACCCAAUGAGCUGAAAGGAUGCAUCAACGAUGUUCAUAAUCUCAAGAAUUUCUUGAUAACGUUGUUUAAUUUCAAGGAGGACGAUAUGGUCGUUUUGACUGAUGACCAAACCAAUCCCAAAUUCGUACCGACGAAACAAAACAUGCUUAAUGCGAUGCAAUGGCUCGUUCACGAUGCUCGGCCCAACGAUUCUGGUCAUGGCGGUCGUGUUGAAGAUCAAAACGGCGAUGAGGAUGACGGCUGGGAUGAGACAAUUUAUCCCGUGGAUCAUAAAAUGUAUCCCGGUAACACCGGCCAGAUUGUAGACGAUAUGAUGCAUGAUAUCAUGGUUCGACCAUUGCCACCUGGAUGUCGUUUGACGGCCAUUUUUGAUAGCUGCCAUUCUGGUACGGCGUUGGAUCUUCCUUACGUUUAUUCCACUCAGGGCGUGCUCAAAGAGCAGAAUUUGUUCAAGGAUGCGGGUAGUGGUUUGUUGAAUGCCGGUUUGGCAUAUGCUACAGGAAAUGUGGGUGGCGCUUUGUCGUCGUUUAUGUCGAUUGGCAAAAAAGUGCUGGGUGGACGAAAAGUGGAUGAGCGUAUCAAACGGUUCAAGAGUUCAGCUGCCGAUGUGGUGAUGUUCUCCGGUUGCAAGGAUGAGCAAACAUCGGCGGAUGCCUUUGAGGCUGGGCGAAGUACCGGUGCCAUGAGUCAUGCAUUUACAACCGUGUUGAGACAGAACCCUCGCCAAUCGUAUAUUCAAUUGCUUAAUUCUGUCCGCCAAAUCCUUCGAGACAAAUACUCACAACGUCCGCAAUUAUCUUCAUCGCAUCCCAUUGAUGUGAAUCUAUUGUUCAUUUUGUAA